AUGGCUAACCGAGUUGGAACCCCCGCGACUGGCGCAGGAGGGUUUGUGAUUGACGCCCUGCCGUCGCCAGCACCCAGUACAGCAUCGACGAGGUCCAUCUCGGGCCUUCCGCAUCCGCGCGGCCGCGCCCUCCGCCCCGGUUCCGCGAAAGAAGACAUGGUGCGCCAUUUUGUCACGGAUCGCAUGAUGCACAUUAGCCGUCGAUUCGCCAAGAAAUCCGGUGUCGUCGCAGUGGGCAGCGACGAGUUCAAGGGUUACAAGUCCAUGGCCGAGCUGUGCAAAGAUGCCGAAGACCUCGUCAACGUGAUUUGGCUGUCGGGAACCCCCAGCCUCCAGAUUCCUUACCUCCUAAACGUCGCGGGCGAGUUCAACACCUGGGUCGCGGCCUUCUCUGCUUCACCGAAAGCCACCUUUUCGCUCUUGCGCAAGCUUGACCACUGCUUUGCCAGUCUGCUUUCCGGCGAGGAUUUUGAUACUAAAGAAGCGCUUCCGGGCUUCGAGAAUGGCCUUCGAGCUGGGAUGUCUCGGACAGAUAUGGUUCGUUGCAGGAGUUUAGUUCAGCAGACCCGUGUCUUGGUGGUGCACGCCAUGAGCCAGGGGCCUGGAGAUGAGGACGAGGACGAUGCUGAGGAUGGAAGAGAGACCGACCAUAGCCCUGGGGCUGAAGAGACCGACAGUGGACCGGACCGACCCGGUUGGCCAAGUGAUAGCAAUGCCUGGGACAAUGACGACAAUGACGACAAUGACGACGACGACGACGACGUCGAGCGCCUUGAGAUGGAUGUGGCGCGGGUCUACGAGAAGACGCUUGUCAAGCUCGGCGAGACGCUUGGAGAGGGCGGCGGCGUGGGGGAGAUCCAAAUAUCCGCCGACUGA